GCGCCCCGAGCGGGCUGGCAGCUGGAGUGGGUGCGAGAGCCGCCUCCGCCUCCGCCUCUGCCGCCUCCGCCGCCUCCUCCGCCCGGGCCGUUCGCUGCUGCGCGGGGAGAGCGAGGCGGGGCCGCCGCGGCCGCCAUGGAGCCCGACUCGGUGAUUGAGGACAAGACCAUCGAGCUCAUGUGUUCUGUGCCAAGGUCUUUGUGGCUAGGCUGCGCCAACCUGGUAGAGAGCAUGUGCGCACUGAGUUGCCUGCAGAGCAUGCCCAGUGUCAGAUGUCUCCAGAUCAGUAAUGGAACAUCGUCUGUGAUCGUCUCCAGAAAGAGGCCAUCAGAAGGAAAUUAUCAGAAAGAAAAAGACUUGUGUAUAAAAUACUUUGACCAGUGGUCUGAAUCAGAUCAAGUGGAAUUUGUGGAGCAUUUGAUUUCCCGAAUGUGUCAUUAUCAGCAUGGACAUAUUAACUCUUACCUGAAGCCCAUGUUGCAGCGGGACUUCAUUACCGCCUUACCAGAACAAGGCUUAGAUCACAUAGCAGAGAACAUUCUUUCCUACCUGGAUGCCAGGUCUCUGUGUGCAGCGGAGCUGGUGUGCAAAGAGUGGCAACGAGUCAUCUCCGAAGGAAUGCUUUGGAAGAAACUGAUUGAGCGAAUGGUACGAACCGACCCUCUAUGGAAAGGCCUUUCGGAAAGAAGAGGGUGGGAUCAAUACCUGUUUAAGAACAGACCCACAGAUGGCCCUCCCAAUUCAUUUUAUAGGUCAUUAUACCCAAAGAUUAUCCAGGAUAUAGAGACUAUAGAAUCUAAUUGGCGGUGUGGCAGACACAACUUGCAGAGGAUUCAGUGUCGCUCUGAAAAUAGUAAAGGUGUCUACUGUUUACAGUAUGAUGAUGAAAAAAUUAUCAGUGGCCUACGAGAUAAUUCCAUUAAGAUUUGGGAUAAAACGAGCCUUGAAUGUUUAAAAGUGUUAACAGGACAUACAGGUUCAGUCCUUUGCUUGCAGUAUGAUGAGCGUGUUAUUGUAACUGGUUCUUCAGAUUCUACUGUAAGAGUCUGGGAUGUGAACACAGGUGAAGUUCUCAACACGCUGAUCCACCACAAUGAGGCUGUGCUGCACUUACGCUUUAGCAACGGACUGAUGGUGACUUGUUCUAAGGACCGCUCCAUUGCCGUGUGGGACAUGGCUUCGGCCACUGAUAUCACUUUACGCCGUGUCCUGGUUGGCCACCGCGCUGCUGUCAACGUAGUAGACUUUGACGAUAAGUACAUUGUAUCUGCUUCCGGUGACAGGACCAUCAAAGUCUGGAGUACGAGUACCUGUGAAUUCGUUCGCACUCUGAAUGGGCACAAGCGAGGCAUUGCCUGUCUGCAGUACAGGGAUCGACUGGUCGUCAGUGGAUCAUCAGAUAAUACCAUCAGGCUAUGGGAUAUUGAAUGUGGUGCCUGCUUGCGAGUCCUAGAAGGACAUGAGGAAUUGGUCCGAUGCAUCCGAUUUGAUAACAAGAGGAUUGUCAGUGGUGCCUAUGAUGGGAAAAUUAAAGUUUGGGACUUACAAGCAGCUCUGGAUCCGCGGGCCCCAGCAAGCACCCUGUGUUUGCGCACGUUGGUGGAACAUUCUGGACGUGUGUUCCGGCUGCAGUUUGAUGAGUUUCAGAUUAUCAGCAGCUCCCACGACGACACUAUUUUGAUUUGGGAUUUCUUAAAUGUGCCUCCCAAUGCCCAGAAUGAGACCCGCUCUCCCUCCAGAACAUACACAUACAUCUCCAGAUAACAGUCUGCACUUUCACCCUCUUCUGAGUUUCCUAGUAUUGAACUACUGGCUACAUGGCUACCAGAUGCCUACGGGAAUUCGUUCACAGCUGAGUUACGAAGCUGGAAUUGGUUCUAGACGCUGGGUAGAUGCAAAGCAGCCUAACUCUUCAAGUACCGACAUUUUUCACUUCCGACCUCGGCUCUACUUUGAGAAGGAUACCUUAGCUUCCCGACUUCAAGUAGAACAGAAGCCCAUUUCCUCUGCCACCAGUGAACAGAUCUAAUGCCUCAAAUGUAAAUUGUUCAUAUUAAAAGGAACAUACAAUGUGUUUUGCAGAAGUAAAAGCAACCGGCAAGAGAAGACUUGGCCUCUAAUUUAUACUGCUUUGCACUUUGGUCUGACCUUAAGAAACAGCAUUCUUCUACAGUGAAAUUUUGGGUGCCAAACACCUACCCAGAAUGUCCAGGGCUUUUCUUUGCAGAAGUUAGCAUUCUCCUUUUGACCGUCCAAGUCAUUAUGAAUUCUGACUUGUGUUAGGAACAUGUCGGACAGUGAGAACAAAUUUCUCGGGAUUGUUUUAGUAACAUUUUUUUUUAUUUUUGUUUUUUGAAUUCUACUUCCUUUGUGUACUGGUUUCUUUUAAUUUAAAGAACUAUACACCAGUUAUAUUAUCUCCCAACAGGUAAUAUAGCUCUUUUCUUUCAUUAACUGUUCUCUGUUCCCCAGCCAUCUCCUGAUAUUUGGUAGAGUAACACCUUUAUAUGUGUGCUUGCCUCCUAAUUUAAAAUACUGUAUCCGCAUGUAGAUAUAAUGUACAUAACAGUUUAACCUCAAGGUUGCUGGAGUCGGGGGUUGGCCCCAGUGCCUGAGACACUAAUAUAAAGUGUGUACGCACUUAGCCAUGGGCUGGACUCAAGAAUCUGACAGCAGGGUUGAUGUGGAUAGCCUAGAACCCUUCCUGCAGUAUUCAUACAGUGGUUUUAUUUUGUCAUUGUCAUUGUGUGUGUGUGCGCGCGCACGUGUGCGUGUGUGCAUGGGUGUAUGUGUGUGUGUUUAAUGUAACUCCUAAAGUUUAACACAAAAAUGUUUUAUUUGUUGUGCAGUAUAUAUAAUAGAGAGGUACCUUAAACAUUUUUGUUGUUAUUGGUCUUUCCUCAUGAAUAACUUGGAGGACUUCUGGUCAACUUCCCAUAGUAUUCAUUUGGUUUCACUGUCAGAAAUCCUUAUUGUGUGUGGUAUUGACCUGAAUUUCCUUGGCUCCAGACUUCCUGGGUCCUGGCCUUGCCUGGGGGCAAGCAGGGCCUGCUCAGAUGUUGGGGUUCACUGAGCAGGCGAGGCCCAGACACCCACCUUGAGGGCAGGGCACUGUUGGGCAGUACAAAGCUUCCUGCCCAUGCAUCCCAUCCCAGCCAUCUCUGGUGUCACCUGCUCCUGUGGCCCCAAGCAGGUUCUCUCCGCUCCCGUCUGCUUUGCCGCCACAAGUGCGUGACUGGUACUGUCGCACUGGCCAUGCAUGGGAAGGACAGUGGCAUCCGCUCGGUGCUCCUCUGCCCUUGCACAAGCAGCAUUAGGCUUUGAUUUGUCCCCUUGUCAUUGUUUCCAACGGCCGAGGACGUCUGCAGCGUUUUAAAGGACCAAUCGGUAGUCUCCUGGGACGGAAACCUCUUCCCGUGGAAGCACACUUGAGAAGUAAAGGGAAGGCCGCUGGCCCCUGGGUGUGGGAUCAAGGCGUGUGUGUGUGAGCUGUGUCCUGGCUUGACUCUGCUGUUUUUAGUUCUUCCUUUCAUAUAUAGGUGUAUGUGUGUGUACACACAUUUACAUACAUAAACACAUACAUGUAAUCCUCCCCUCCCACAGGUGACUAACUUUCUAUGCUUUUGAGAGGUUGAGCCUCAAAAUGUGGAGAUGAAUAAAUAAAUAACUAAACCGCCAUCCCAAGGUAGACGCCAUGAGCUCGACCGCGGCUGUGGAAGUUGUUUCACUUUGGCCGCCCUUCACCUUGACAGCUUGUGGGUCUAACCCCUUAGGAAUGCCCAAGGGCAGGGGAGGGUGGGGGGCAGGGCGGGAGGAGACAGUAGUUCAGAACGAAUGGAUUUUUUUUUGUUGUUUUUGCAUGUUUAUUAAAGAAGUUCCUCUUGUUCCUUGGGAGAUCAUGGCCUUUGAAUAUGCACACAACCUUUGAAUUGUGCCUAUGAAAUUAUAGCAGGGGACUUUGGCACCCAAGGAAUUCUGACUUUACUGGGAUUAUAGUAGUAAUUCCCAGCCAUACUCUGGACUUUAUUUUGCUAACCAUAAUUGAGCAACUGUAAAUUACUGCUAUAUUAAUGUUUUAAAGCACUGGGAUAGUCUAAUUCUAACUUGUAAUUAAUUAUGUUUGCCAAUUAUCUGUUUGAAAGAAAUUUGUGUCUGAACAGCUAUUGAAACUGUUAAAUUGUACAGAUAUUAUUCAUGACAGCUUUGUACUGUGGAAUGUGCUUAAUAAAAAACAAAAAGUUUGACCUUUGUCCAAUAAAUGGCUAAAUAAUGUCCGUAAAUCAGGUAUGAGUAUUCUGCCAUACUCCGAAUCUGGCUUCAUGCAAUUGUUACAUCAGCUACUAAUUCAAAGCCAAUACUCUAUUAAUAAAGUGUUGCAAUACUCUGA